AUGGAGCCUCCUCCGCAACGGCGAAUUGCACGAUCGCCAGUACCUCCUACUUCUUCCACGUCGCCGAACGCAUCACGCUCAGGCUCGAAGCAGAGCCAUCGACCAGGCUCGAGUGGUAGUGACACUUCCGGUUCGUCCAGUCUCUCCGUCGUCAAGCGCUCUCCGUACAAUCAACAACUCCCCACGUUCGUGUCGCAUGCCAACGCCAGUAAUGCCUCACUGGCGUCUCAUACUCGGCCAUCGGCACAGUACAUGCCCCGAGAUGGCGCUGCAAAGCACAACCUCGGACCCCCUCCAGAGCACCUACAGAAGCACCGUCCUCGACAACAUUCGCAAGGCUAUUUCGAACCCUCUAUGCCCUCCGCCUCACUCGCAAGCCAGUCCCAGCUCCACGACCAACCCGGCAUGCCGGCCCUCAACCCCUCUCAGAUUGCUGCACAGGCCGCGAUGCAACACCUCAAUGUGACGAACCAUUCACGCAAGAGAUCGCAGACAGUGCCUUUUCCGCAGGAGCAGAAUCAGCAGGAAGGCCGACGCAAUAGUAGAGGGUCGGCUGGGUCCCACGAAAGUCAACCUCCUGCGCCCGCACCGGAGCAGCAGUAUCGCAAUGGGUUGAUAGGCACCAAUGCGGCCGCGACAGCAGCGAGCGUCGUCUUUCCCAAGAACUUCGCAUCAGCUAGUACGACGUCCUUAGUGGAAGAGGAAAAGUCAAAGAAGGGUUUGAAGCGAUUCAGGCCAAAGCACAUGGUGCUUUCGAGGGACAAGGACAAGGAGCCGAAGGACAAGCCUCUUCCCUCGCCAAACAGACUCGCACCUAGUGGCUUGUCCAAGGUCAUGAACGCAUCAACUGCGAGUCUGGCGGAGUCGUUGUCGUCCAACAACUCCUCCUUGUAUCAACUUGCCAACCCCUCGUCAGCUACCGUUGUACCUAUGCUUGACCAGAGAGAACAGAAGGACAAGCACAAACACCACGGGUUUCGUCAGAAGCUGAAGCUGAAGGACAAGGACGACACAUAUGCUCUCCCUUUAUCGUCGGCGAAUUCAAAUUCGAGGCCCGUGGACAUCAACAACCCCCAGUCGCUGUAUUCUUUUGCCCCUCCGUCACCCAACCCGACUUCGAACUUUGCGAAAUCUGUGUCUGGUCUGGACCUUCGUCAUGGAGGUCGUGCGCUUAGGGAGAAGAAGAAGGAAGAGAAGGCUCAGCAAGCAGCCUUUGCUAAUCUCGAGCCUGUCUAUAGCCGUGGAGAAAGCGAUACUUCCGAAUGGCCGUCAUUGGGGACGAGCUUCACCAAUCAAUCCGUCAGCAAUUUCAACACCUAUAGCGAAGUCAAAGAAGCCGGUGCAAAUUUUGGCCUCUCAAAUAUGUCCGCCGAUGACGCCUGGGAUCUGCUCAGGGCGAAAAUCCUGGUGGCUUUUGAAGGCGAGGAUGUUCGGAUUGCCGUGGAAGACUUGAACAAGCUUGUUACAAUUCAUGUGCAGAGAUGCGUGCAGAAGAAGGACCCGAGCAUUAUCAUCGGGGACCUGGAAGAUUUGCUGAAGACUGGUUUUCUCAGCCUCAACCACACAUUGCGAGGCGUCAGCGACAACGGCCUGGUGCCGCGUCUCGUGGCGACGUGGAUGGAUGUCUUCGGCAAGAUACUCCCAUUUAUGCAAGCCGUAUUCCUUCCGCUCGACCAAGAGUUCAAAGGAAGAGGUACUAUCCUGACCGGUCCGCUGAUGGCUGCUGAGUUCUGGGGCGCUCUUCCCAGCCACGACAGUGGCAGCAAGCUAUCUUCGUCUCCUUCAACCGGUGAAGGCAUUGACUUUGUGGUCGCCGCGGGAGAAGAGCUGGAGGUCAGACGUAUUCUCCUUAUCAGCUAUCGAGACAACAUCAUCUUACCAAGGUACGAAGUUUUGAAAUCGACGUUCUCCCGGCUCAGCCUCGAUAGUAUCAAUGCCUCACUCACGCAACAUGACGGCGGGAACCGGAAUCGCGGCAACAGCGGAGGGAGCGACCGACCGGGCACUGCACAAGGUAUGGAAUACGGAAGCUAUAAUUCACAGAGCAGCACGUUACUUGGUAGCAUGACUUCGGGCGGAAGGUCUCGGGCCACAUCAAAUCUUUCGGUGGUCAGCAAUCCUGCGCAGGAUGUGGCCUUCCAGUCGUUCAGUUCGCCGCCAGCAGCGAGACCUACCGAUAGCUCGUCCUCCCAAGUCACCGAGACGGUGGGGCGAAUGCUGCAGUGCCUGUCAGUGUUAUGCUCAAUCCAGUCGGGAGACGAUGCUCAAGCCAAGAUGGAGGAACUCAACAAGCAGCUGAAGCUGAACUGGCUGGGCCGUGGCCGGACUGGCAGAAAUCGCAAAGGAUUCGUCGGGAGCAGGGUCAGGCCGAUGGGUAGCGUGGGCUCUACGAUACGUGGGCUCGACCGUGAUGGGAGUCCGACGCCGACGCCGACCAGACAAGGGACUGUGAGCAGGCAAAGUGACGAUGCUGGCUAG